GGGGCUUUUCAAAUGCUUUUUUGGAUCAUUUUGAGAAGAGGGGGUAUAUGUGGCAAGGACAGAUCAAGUACACUCUUCCCUACAGUCAAAAGUUAUGUCACCUGUACAUUUAAUUUGAUUUGUCAGUUUCAUCAGAGUACUUUAAUUAAAUCCUUUCCAAAAAUGGUUUUCACAUCAAUUUAUGACAAUGAGGAUAGCAAAAUGCCAUAUACUCCGGACGUGCUGCCUCAGCAGAUGCAGGCCGCAGAUGCCAAAACAGAGCUGGAUCACACCUGUGCUCUGGAUAUUCUGUCUAGAGCCUCCUAUGUCAGAUUGACUGGAAUCAUCUGUACAAUUGGACCCGCUUCGAAGGAACCAGAAUUCUUGGAGAAAAUGAUGGAAACCGGUAUGAACACUGCACGUUUGAAUUUCUCCCAUGGUUCCCACGAAUACCACGCAGAGACCAUAAAGAAUAUUCGACUGGCGGUCGAGAGCUACAGCAAAAAAAUUGGCAUGCCUUUCCCGCUUGCCAUCGCCCUAGACACCAAAGGUCCAGAAAUCCGUACUGGACUUCUCGAAGGUGGUGGAUCGGCUGAAGUUGUAUUGAAGAAGGGGGAAACCAUCAAGUUGACAACCGACAAGGCGUAUGAGGAGAAGGGAAACGCGAGUUGCAUCUAUGUCGAUUACGAGAAUAUCACUAAAGUCCUGAAACCAGGCAACAAGGUUUACGUAGACGAUGGUCUGAUGUCUCUGGUGGUGAACAACAUACAGGGCUCUUUCUUGACGUGUACCAUUGAGAACGGAGGUAAACUGGGCAGUCGUAAGGGUAUCAAUUUACCCGGUGUUCCUGUGGAUCUACCUGCGGUUUCUGAAAAGGAUAAGGGUGACUUGCAGUUUGCUGUCGAGCAAGAGUUGGACAUGGUCUUUGCUUCUUUCAUCAGAGACGCCAGCGCUUUGACCGAGAUCAGGAAUAUCCUUGGAGAGAAGGGAAAGAAAAUCAUGAUCAUUUCCAAGAUUGAGAAUCAACAAGGGAUGAAGAACAUCGAUGAGAUCAUCGCGGCUUCCGAUGGUAUCAUGAUCGCCAGGGGAGAUUUAGGUAUCGAAAUCCCAACCGAGAAAGUCUUCCUGGCACAGAAAUCCAUCAUCGCCAAAUGUAACAAACAGGGUAAGCCCGUCGUAUGUGCCACUCAGAUGCUCGAAUCGAUGACGUAUAAACCAAGGCCCACUAGAGCCGAGAGUUCGGACGUGGCGAACGCCGUCCUAGAUGGCGCUGAUUGCGUUAUGUUGUCCGGGGAGACGGCCAAGGGUGAAUAUCCGUUGGAGUGCGUCCGAACCAUGGCCGACAUCUGCAAGGAAGCUGAGGCCGCCAUCUGGCAGAGGAGACUCUUCAGCGACCUGUCGAACAAGGCAGUUCCACCAAUCGACGCUGCACACACAGUUGCUAUUGCAGCCGUGGAGGCAUCGGCCAAAUGCUUAGCCGCAGCCAUCAUUGUGAUAACCACCACCGGUAGAUCAGCUCAUCUCCUCUCCAAAUACAGGCCUAGGUGUCCCAUCAUUGCAGUCACGAGGAAUGCUUUGACAGCUCGACAAUGCCACGUGUACAGAGCUAUCCUGCCUAUCAUCUACGAAGAGGAUAGGGUCGAGGAUUGGUUGAAGGACGUGGAUCUUCGCGUGGGUGCGGGUAUCAACUUUGGAAAAGCGAAAGGUUUCAUCAAGUCCGGCGACCCGAUCAUCAUAAUCACCGGCUGGAAGCAGGGUUCAGGUUUCACAAACACCAUGCGAGUCGUUAACGUUUCGUAGACUGUCACUACCAGGGCACUUUUCCCUUAUUUUACACUACAUCCUCUAGUAUAUUUAGUUUAUUUCGAAAGUAAUUUAUUACUAAACGAUUUAGUACCUAUAUAUUUCUGUCUUCAGAAUGUUAAACGAGAUAUUGAAGAAUAAACAUUUAAAACUUGAA